AUGAAAGUCUUGAGCAUCAUCCGUGAUCGCGAUGGUGGAACGAGACCACCGAGAUUCCCUCAUACCACUAUUUGCCUCACUAAUCGCCAAGCUGAUGAAUACAACAAGAUGCAUCUCGAGGCUCUUUCGGGAGAGGAAUUUGCUAUUAGAGCUACAGAUACCGUGCACCGCUCGCUGGGGAGCAACUUCUCCUUUAGGGAUGUUGAUGCGAUGGGCUUCAAGCCUACUAUACACCUAAAGAAGGGUUGUCGUGUCAUGGCUAGCGUUAACGACCCUGCCAAACGGUUUACCAAUGGUAUGCUUGGUGAGGUACUCGACAUAAAGUUCUUUGGUGAGGAACCAGUGGUCACAGUGAAGUUCGAUGGUGAAGGAAAUCCGGUCACACUCAGGCGACAGCGCUUCGACGUCCAUGGAUCUACGGGAGAUGUGUUGUUCACUAGAGAGCAAAUCCCACUCACUCUCUGUGCUGCUGUAACUGCUCAUAAAACGGUGGGAGCUAUAUUCCAGGGAGCGUGGGUGCAACUCCCAUUCAAGGGUGUACCACCUGAACAAGACGAUAGGAUAACCGACUACUGGUCUGCUGCAUGGCUAGCUGGUGCUGCAUACACAAUAUUGAGCCGAGUGGGUGACAGCUCCAGGAUCCGCCUUCAUCCGCUCAGGAACUGCAUGGAUCCAAGCCUUCUACUGCCUAUCUUCUUCACAGACCCGGAGGCCGCCGACUUUGAUGCCCUAUGCAGGACGCAGAAUUGGCUGGCGUACGAAGAGAGUCCACUUGUGUCAGAGAGAAUGGGGCAGGACGACCUGAACACAAAUUCGGUGCCUCCGAGGGACAACGAAGACGACUUGCCUCGUGCUCAUUUCCUGCGAGUUGAAAGCAAGAUAGACAACCUUGGUACUGUUGUCGAAGACCGGAUCCAGCUAUUGGCUCUCACUCUCCAUUUUUCAUCACUCCAAGCGUCAUUUCAAGGACAAUCCACCAACCCAGUGGUCUACUGCAUGAUGAGGCCUACGGUAUUCCAGAAGAUCUCCCAGACGCCAAUGGUCACGCAGGCUAAGUUCUACCAGUCUCUCCAUGAACGUCUCAACCUCACUCAUGAUGAUAUCGAUGACGAGCACUUGGAGAAACUGAUAAAAGACUCGGUCACUGACAGUCAGUAA